AGAAAAUAUGUUAAAGGUCCUGAUGCUGCCGCUCACAAGAAAAAAUUAGAGGCUGUUUACCAGGAAAUCAAAUCAAUUGACGAAAAACUUUCAAAACUAAAUAACCAAAUUUCUAAUUUAUCCAUCAACAAUGUCAAAUCAUCUCAAUCCAAUGAGCCCCUUUCAAAGGACGAAUUGAAAAAAAAAAUUGAUAAAUUAAAAACCGACCAAAAUACUUAUAAUUCUAAAAAAACUUCUUUGCAAAACUCUAUUCAUUCAAAUGAAUUGGAAUUGAAAAAGAAAAUUGCAGAUUUAAACAACUUGAAAUCUGGUUCUAAAUUGUAUAAAACUUAUAACUUUAAAUCUAUUGAUCAAAUUAAUGAUAAAAUUGCCGAAAUUCAAUCCUUAUUGGAUUCCGGCAGUUUAAAAAUUGUUGAUGAAAAAAAAAAAUUAAAAGAAAUUAACUCUCUUAAAAAAUUUAAAUUAGAUUUUAAUAAUUUUGAUUCUCAUCAAAAAAAAAUUGAUGCUCAAUCAUCCGAAAUAAGUGAGCUAAAAUCAGCCUUGACAACUUUAAAUAAAUCUUAUAAUAUUAAUCAAAUUAAUUCUCAAUUUUCAGAUUAUAAAUCCCAAUUACAAUCAAUUUAUGAUUCAAAUCGCUCUUCCUAUUUGAAGAAAAACACUUUAAUUGAAUCAAAAAGAUCUUUGAUAAAUGAAAAAAAUACAAAGUACGAUCAAUUAUCCACUUUAAAGAAAAAUUAUGAUCUUUCUUACUCAAAAUUUUUAAAAGAUUUAAAAUCAGAACAAAAAAGAUAUCAAUCUAAAGAAAAAAUCUUAGUAAAAUUAUCAAAUUUAUUUGAAAAGAAAAAAAAUGUUCAAAAUGACUUAUUAAUUUAUAAAAACAAAGGCUUAUUAAUUCAAAAUUUAAUUCGUUACUUUGCUAAUUUAAUCAACAAAAAAUUACCAGAUGAUCUUUUAAACAAUCUUAAUUCCAAUAACAAUAACAUUAGUACUAUCAACCAUAUAGAUGACACUAUUAACAAAAACAUCCCAAAAAGAAAAAUCGAAAUGUAUGAUGAUUUACAAAUCAUUAAAAAAGAUCAAGAAAUAUUUUUUAAAGGUUCAAAGACUUCAAAAAAAAAUAAACAUAAAAAUAAUUCAAAGAAUCAUAAUCAAAAUUCUUCUGCUUCGUCAUCCAAAUUUACUUUAGAGCCUGAUAUACUAUUGGGUUUGUCCGAAUUAAACAUUACCGUUCCUCUAUCUAAAGAUGAUUGUGAUAGAGUUAUCGAUGAAUUAAUUCAAGCUUUA